GUUGCCAACUGCAUUGUGGCGAAGUGAAGCGGGCUGAGAACCAAUAUUUAUCCCGAGUUUUUCCUUUUUUUUUUUGUUAAAAGUGGCCCCAACCAGGCAAAACAUUUACAGUUUUCGCUUCGGAGUAACCUCCGGCAGCCAGUCUGCUUGCAGUACAUCUUUGUUUUGCUGCCUGCGCGAAGAUUCCGAGAAGAAAAGAAGCCUUUCCAAAAAGUGCAUUUGUUUACACGCCACGAUUUUCUUGAGUUGAGCCCCCCGCAACAGCCAUAAUGAGAUCGGAUAACUUUCGGUUGAUUGCCGAGGUUGCCAAGCGGCGGCCGCUCUGGGACACCAACAUGGCGAUGGCCUGUCGCAAGGACGAGUUCCUAACGCAGUGGGCCGGUGUGGCGCACCAUAUGCAGUUGGACAUCUUAACCUGCAAGAAGCGGUUUAAAUGCCUGCGGGAUAGUUACCGCGCAGAGGUGCGCAAGAUCCAGCAGAAGCGCAUCACCAUGUCCCACUGGCCGUACUUCCGGGCUCUGGAGUUUCUGCGUCACAUCUUCGAUCCCCAGUGCCUGGUCCCAUUUCCGCCGGAACCCUUUGACGGUGUAGCCGAGCUGGCGGAGAACUACGAGAUCAGCGGGCUGGGAGACUUCUCAAUCGAUGUGGAUGUGGAUCUGGACAACGAUGACUCUGUGGACUUUGAGAUCAUUGGAGAUAUUUUCAAGCGGGAAUCCGCAGAGCGUCAGGAUUCGGGCUCUGAUCUAGGUUCGGCAACCCGGCAGCGAAAAGCAGACAGCUCGACGGCCACAAAAUUGCCCAACUCGGACCCGGAGCUGUCGCCCAGACUGCUCUCGCCGCUAAAUCUACCCCCCAAUCACGCAUUACUGCCAACCCCGCCACCGCCAUCGAAGAGGUGCCGUCGCCGGAAGACCUCGUCCUCAUGCGACGGGCCUACUUCGAGUGGCUACAGCAGCAGCCAUCAGGAUAAAGCCGCUGCAGUCGUGGAUGCCGCCAUGAAGAACGAUUCAGACUACAGCUUUCUGGUCAGUCUCAUGCCACACUUGAAGUCGCUGUCCACCAUGAACAAUCUCCGGUUCCGUGUGGAGGCGAACCGCCUGUUAAUGGACCUCAACAGAGAGGAGCUACAGCGGCAGCCACAGGAGAGAGGACUAGGCGGACUGCCCAAGCUGACGCCUGCACCGGACUCCAGCUUUGCCACGGAGCAGGAUCAACAGCAUCUUUCCAAUUCCAGCUACUACUAUGAGCAUGAGAAACAUAAUGGUGGCGCCGCAUCCCCGUCGUCAUCCGGCUACGUGGACAUCUCAAUGGUCGAGUGCGAUGUUAAGAUAGAGAACGAACCCCUGCUUUGAUCUGAAGCACACCUCUUGUUCUGCUGCAUCCAAAUUUUAAUUAUAGAAUAUUACAUUCUUAUGAAAUAUGUUAAAAGUACCAUUUACAACCACAUUCUUCGAUUUUGUAGCCUUAACCCAACCUCUAUUUUGUCGAACAUUUAUGUUUAAUUCGCAUUAUUCCCUGAAAAGUGAAUGUUUUCAGAUGAUUUAUGUGCCGCAACCAAUUUUAUAUAUAUUAUUUGGGUUCCAUUAUAUGGGUAAAAUAAAGAAAACAAACCAA